AUGGCAAGCACGGAAAGUCUAGAUGGCAGUGCCUGUGAUUAUGGCGGCAUUUCAUCUGUGCCACAGGUGGGUCAUUUGGGUAAGGAUCCCAUCGAAUUGAUAUGCCCAUCGUGUCAGCAAUUGCAAGUGAGCCGCGUGGAACUGGAAGCUGUCACAUUUCUACAGAAGACUGUCUGCUCUUUGAAUGUUUUACUUUGCUGCUCCCCCAUCCGCUGGCCGGGUCGUCAUGAUGUCAAUCAUUAUUGUUCCUCUUGUGGCUGUUUUUUGGGACGACAAAUCAUCCUAAGUUGGUAUAAACGUGCACUUUUCCGCAUGCAACGCGCCGAUGUGGAGGAUCACGGACGUUGGCAAUGCUUCAGGAAAGUGGAGAAAGAGCAAUUGGAUGAAAAGAAAAUUGGCAAACAAAAAGAACGUUUGGCAUUGGCAGAGGGAACUGCCAGAAAUGUAUAAAAAUAAUUGAUUUAAGAUGAUAAAUAAUACAACUAAUAAAUCAACUUGAUUAAAAUAAAUAAUUGUGUAGUCACUAAGUCGUGCCAC